AUGGCAUCUGAAGACUGUGAGGAAGGGCUUUCCAGACCUGCCACCGGUGCCUGCCUUUGCUUGGUGGCUGGCUGGCUGGGGUGGGUGCGGCACUGGGUGGUUUGGCUUGGUGUGGUGGUAGGGAGCUCUCUCCUUUUCUCCCAACAAAACAGAUACAAGCAGAAGAAGGAGUUGGAGAACAGAUUGGCUUCUUUGAAAACGUCCGUAGACAGUGGGCAGGCAGACGAAGAGCAGAUACGGGAGUACUACUUGCUACAAAUAACAAAAUGGGUCAGUGUGAGCCUGGAGGAAAUCGAAAGCAUUGACCAAGAAACCGCCAUCCUCAGUCGGCGAGGUGCUUUGAAACAGGGCACAGCCACUCAGUCAUCGCAUGCCCCGAGGCCUCCCAUGAAACCUUUCAUCCUCACCCGGGAUGCUGCCCAGGCAAAGGUGUUUGGCGCUGGCUACCCUAGUCUGGCAACAAUGUCAGUGAAUGACUGGUAUGAGCAGCACCGGAAGCGAGGAUUCUUGCCUGACCAGGGCAUCUCACAAGCAGCCACAGCAGGUACAGAAGAACGACAGAAGGACCCAGAAGAAGGGCCAGCGAAGGAGGAGGAAGAACCAGUGUGGAAAGCACGGGAGUGGGAUGACUGGAAGGACACGCACCCCAGGGGCUACGGCAACCGGAAGAACAUGGGCUGAGGGCCUGUGGGAUGGGGAACCCGGGAAACAAGCCUGUGCCCCCCCCCCCAAGGGUCCCUGGGGCAGAGUGGACUGCAAGAGCUCCCUCUCUAACCGUGUGAGAAGAACCAAGGCACUACUUGCCCUGCAUGUUGUCAGAUGCUGUGAUACAGGGUGUGUGUGUGUGAGAGAGAGAGCAAUACUGAAGCAGCAGAUUGGAAGGUCAAAUUUAAAACUUCCUUUUAUCAAGAUUAAUACUCAGUAAGAUGAGGUGAUACUCAUUUGGAAGUAUUU